AUGCCUCGCCAGCUGGAUAUUGCAAAGAACUGGAUUAAUUAUCAGCGCACAGCUCGGCAGCUCACCUGCGACUUCUGCCAGCAAGACAUAAAGCCACCAACCAAGGCUGGCUUUGAGCAGCAUGUGCGCGAAGAUCCUGAAAACCAUCCUAAAGAGGAGAAGGAUAUCUUGGAUGCUCUAGAGAAGAUGAAGCUUGCGUCUUCCAGAGUACAACCUCAGUUUUCAGACGUUGAUCAAGCCAAGAGGUCCAAGAAGAGACCUGGUGGAACUGGUGCCCACGAUUUAUCAGAAGACCAGCAGAACCUUGAUAAUGUAAAUUCACAUGAUAGAGAAGGUUCUGAUAAUGAAAGGGACAGUAAGAAAAGGCGAUCACCUAGUAACUCGCCAACACCACGAGUUUCACAGAGACACAGGCGUAGGCAGCAAGCCGAAAAUGACAAGGAGUUUGAUCGGGGGACCAAGGGUCUCAGCAGUCGACAGCUUUGGAGUCCGGGUAGUGCUGCCUUGAAGCCCGCUCAAGAAAAAAUACAACAGUCUAGCCAAUGGUCAAAGCAACAACCUGUCAGCAAAGCGGAGGAACCAGAAUCAGAACCAAGCCCAAACGCAGAAGCAGAGCCGGACGAAUCAUACACAGAAGAUCCUUCGGUAUCGCAAAUGAUUCGUCAGCCAGAGACUCGACCAAUCUCACAAGAGCAGCUCGUUGCUGAAGUCAAGGGUAUAUAUGCUGGGCUUGUCAUGGUCGAAAGCAAGUGCAUUGAAGUGGAUAACGCCCAAUCAGCCAAUAAAGACUCGCCGCAGCCGCUUAACAAUGAGCAAUGGCAAGCACUUAUCGCCCUGCAUCGCACACUGCUUCACGAACAUCACGACUUUUUCCUCGCUAGCCAACAUCCUUCCGCUAGCCCGGCGCUGCGACGACUAGCUUCCAAGUACGCGAUGCCAGCUCGCAUGUGGCGGCAUGGAAUCCACUCAUUCCUCGAGCUCCUAAGGCAUAGACUGCCGCAGUCUCUGGAGCAUAUGCUUACUUUCAUCUACAUCGCUUACAGUAUGAUGGCCCUCCUGUAUGAGACUGUGCCUGCCUUUGAAGACACAUGGAUUGAAUGCCUUGGAGAUCUGGGAAGAUAUCGCAUGGCCAUCGAAGACGAUGAUAUCAGAGACCGGGAAACAUGGACAGCAGUAUCUCGAUAUUGGUACUCCAAGGCCUCGGAUAAACUACCGACUACAGGGCGUCUCUACCAUCACCUAGCUAUCCUCGCUCGCCCCAACGCGCUGCAGCAAACUUACUACUACACGAAAUCCCUUUGCGUCCCUAUCCCGUUCUUGAGUGCCAGGGAGAGCGUCAUGACUUUAUUCGACCCUGUGCUAAGCUCAAGCCCGCCUCGAUUGGAGCUAAUUGAUCUUGCCUUUGUACGAAUUCUGGCUAUAUUUUUCUCUGGCAAGGAAAAGCACGAAUUAUCACCCGCAGCUGAGCAAUUUUUAACUCUGCUUGAUGGCCAUAUUGCUCGGACAACAAAAAGCUGGCUGGAGGCUGGAUAUUAUAUGGGCAUUUCAUUAACAUGCUCUCUCUUUGGAUUCGGCAGUGAUUCCAACGUCCUGAAAAACGCCAUUACUCCUAAACGAUCUGAUGAUAUGGAAACAGCAGGUGAAUCGAUUACUCCGGAAGCAAUCCCGACAAAUGUCUUCCAUCAAUCGCUCUCAUUUGCUGUGCAAACUCUUGAGAUAGUAAUUCGGCGGUGGGGAGAUAUGAAUAUACUACCCUUUCUGCAUACACAGAUGGUGUUUCUCCAUCAUUUAUCUAAAUUCCCUUCUGCUAUAAAGUUCAUCGAGGAUAAGUACCCUUGGAAACUUAUCGCAACGAUGCUGAACUACUUAAAACAAUCAUGCAAAUUCGAGCCUCGCAUGGACAGCGAGGUAUUCCCUGGGGCAGAAAACCAGGAUCACUAUCGGCCACUGCCAGAAGAUUACGCUAUGCGAGGAUUAAUAUAUACGGAGGAAUACUUCCCACUAAAAUGGUUCGCAGGUGAAGCCGUUGAGGAGGAUGAGAAAUACUUUGAACAGGCUUCAAUGGUAGAUUCAAGGAAGGAAAGGAUAUUGUGGAUUGGGAAGCAGAUAUCCUCUCUAAACAAAUGGCUACUCUGGGAUGGAGAGAGUGCCAAGUUCACUGUACCAGAGGAGUUUGAUAUUGAUUUCACUGCCAGAUCACCAGCAAUUGGUGCCAAGGAGAUAGUGGACCUAGGGGCUGGUUCACACAGCCCAGAUGCUUCUCAUCAUGCAGAUUGA